AUGGCAACGGGGAAUUCCCCGUCGGAGGUUACACCACCAGACCCGCCUCUGUGGAGGAGAAUUUUCUCCGCCCCCGCCCCCGUGAAAUGCAAUGAGGCAACAUCUUUCACCAUCACCGCCUCCGUGCGGGAGAGAGUUAACAUCAGAGAGCGGGGCACCAUCGCCAAGAUAUCUGGCACCAUCAUCUGUGUGGGAGGAGCCAUGGCCAUGGCGUUCUUCAAAGGCCCAAAGCUGUUGAACUACACGCUCGGUGACCUGAACAUGGCGAGCAGCAAGUGGGUGCUAGGCGCGCUCUGCCUCGUCGCCAGCAGCUCAUGCUGGUCACUCUGGCUCAUAUCUCAGGUGCCAAUGUGCAAAUCGUAUGCGGAUCCUCUGUCCCUCUCGGCAUGGACAUGCUUCUUCUCGGCCCUGCAAUCCGCGGCGCUCGCCGUCUUCCUGGCCCCGGACCUGGACGCCUGGAAGAUCCACUCGCUCUUCGAACUCUCCGGCUACAUCUUCGCCGGAGCCUUUGGUUCAGGCGUCAACUUCUACCUGCAGUCGUGGUGCACUUCGGUGAGGGGGCCUCUCUACCCGGCCAUGUUUACGCCCGUCUGCACGGUGCUCACCACCGCCGUCGCCGCUGCCGUUCACCGAGAGGCGCUGCACAUCGGAAGCUUGCUGGGGGCAGCUGCUGUGAUCGCCGGCCUGUAUGUGGUCUUGUGGGGCAAAGCGGAUGACAUGAAACAGCCGGCCACGGGGACGACGAAGCCUUGCUCCUCGGAUUCUCGGCGCGACGACGUCGCAACUGAACCUCUAUUGGGAGACGCCUCGAGUCGAGCGUUUGACCCAGCUGCUGAACGCUGAUUGUUUACUACAGUACCCUGACACUGAUAUAUAGUUUGUUCGUAUCGACACUUGAACAACCAGCAAAGGGCCUAAAAUUAAGUUGCGAUAUACCGGGCUUUAUUUACCAACUAGUAUUGUCAUACUAGGGGUGUGAUA